CACUCAAAUCUCAAUUGAACUACAAGUACCAGAAGACAACGUUAACAAACGAGUCGAACACAUCAUUGGUCGAAGUGCAGGUGAGAGCACAGGUUGGGUAACUUUAAGGAAGGUGGGACAUUUACUUUAGUUUUUGCCCAGCUCUUAAAAGUUGAAUCAUGGACCAAGACAACAACUCCGAGGAUGACUUGGUAGGUCCCUCUGAAGAUGCUUCUGAAGAUGAGUCACUGCCUAGUCGUCCCCCUGGACUCUCGGACUCUGAGGCGGUGGAGCUGCUAUGGCAGGUGCGUGCCCAGCGGCGCCAGUCUUCCCCAGAACUCCCUGAAACAGUCACCCGGCUGACUGCCCCAGAUGGCAGCCUGCUCUACUUGGUAGGCACCGCCCACUUCAGUGACAGCAGCAAGAAGGACGUGGCCACGACGAUCCGUGCAGUGCAGCCAGACGUGGUGGUGGUGGAGCUGUGCCAGUACAGGGUGUCCAUGCUGAAGAUGGAUGAAAAGACACUGCUGAAGGAGGCAAAAGACAUUAAUCUGGACAAGGUCCAGCAGGCCAUCAAACAGAAUGGAGUGAUGUCUGGCCUGAUGCAGAUCCUGCUGCUCAAAGUGUCGGCUCACAUCACAGAGCAGCUGGGCAUGGCUCCUGGAGGGGAGUUUAGGGAGGCCUUCAAACAGGCGGGCCGAGUGCCCUUCUGCAAGUUCCACCUGGGGGACCGGCCUAUCCCGGUGACAUUCAAACGGGCCAUCGCUGCUCUCAGUCUGUGGCAGAAAGCCAGACUGGCCUGGGGCCUGUGCUUCCUGUCAGACCCCAUCAGUAAGGAGGACGUGGAGAAGUGCAAACAGAAGGACCUGCUGGAGCAGACGAUGCUAGAGAUGAUCGGCGAGUUCCCCGCUCUCCACCAGACCAUUGUAGCCGAGCGAGACAUCUACCUCACACACACGCUCCGCCAGGCCGCACGCUGUGUGGAGGCGCCCCCCAAUGCCCAGAAAGUGCCUGCUGUGGUGGUGGGAGUGGUGGGGAUGGGCCAUGUCCCUGGCAUCGAAAGGAACUGGGAGAAGGAUCUCAACAUUCAGGAGAUCAUGAGUGUUGCGCCCCCAUCUCGUUUUGGCUGGAUGUUGCGCACAGUGCUGAAGGCUGGGGUGAUUGGAGUACUGGGAUACGCCUGCUACCGUGCAGGAGGGGGCAUGGGGAGGGCUCUUCUUUCCCUACCUGCUGUCCAAUCACUACUGGACAACCUGCGACCACUGCCCCCAGCAGCGGCGUGACCCCUCUCCUAUACCUGUGACAUGAACGAUCCCCUCUAAUACGAAAACAAUGCAUCUACCACCAAUGGCCUUAUUGAUAGGAGGGGUUAGAGGUCAAGAUUCACCUCCUACCCUAUGAACUGACAUGGAUGUAAGGGGUCCGAGGGCUUGAGCCGCCCCCCCUCUCGUUUCCUUCCUUCCUCUCCUCCAUGUCCCUGUGGAACACAACAGUACUGCCUAAGAAACCAUGACAGUACCCUUAUUUUAUUUUUGUAUAUUUAAAAAAAGAAAUGUCAAAAGAAGGAUAUUUGUAAGAUUUACAAAUGUUUUUCCAUUUAUAUUACAUCUGCUAUCCCCCACAUUCCAAUUAAUGUUACAUUGAAAUUUGAGAUUUUGGUGCAUAUGGUCUUUGAAGUUGAUAUUAUUGGCCCAAGUCAUUAUAUAUCAAAAUAAACUGGUCCUGUAGCUCAGUUGGUAGAGCAUGGCGCUUGUAACGCCAGGGUAGUGGGUUCGAUCCCCGGGACCACCCAUACGUAGAAUGUAUGCACACAUGACUGUAAGUCGCUUUGGAUAAAAGCGUCUGCUAAAUGGCAUAUAUAUAUAAACUGGGUGGUUCGAGCCCUGAAUGCUGAUUGGCUGACAGCUGUGGUAUAUCAGAUCGUAUACCAUGGGUAUUACAAAACAUCUGUUUUUACUUCUCUAAUUACAUUGAUAACCAGUUUUAUAAUAGCAGUAACGCACCUCGGGUUUGUGGUAUAUGGCCGCCUCGUUGCACUUAAGCCCUUAGCCGUGGUGUAUUGGCCACGUACCACACAUCCUCAGGCCUUAUUGCUUAAGUGUGUGUGUAUGUAUGUAUGUAUGUAUGUAUGUAUGUAUGUGUGUAUAUAUAUAUAUAUAUAUAUAUAUACAGUUGAAGUCGGAUGUUGACAUACACGUUAGCCAAAUACAUUUAAACUCAGUUUUUCACAAUUCCUGACAUUUAAUCCUAGUAAAAAUGCCCUGUCUUAGGUCAGUUAGGAUCACCACUUUAUUUUAAGAAUGUGAAAUGUCAGAAUAAUAGUUGAGUGAUUUAUUUCUGCUUUUAUUUCUUUCAUCACAUUUCCAGUGGGUCAGAAGUUUACAUACACUCAAUUAGUAUUUGGUAGCAUUGCCUUUAAAUUGUUUAACUUGGGUCAAAUGUUUCAGGUAGACUUUGGCCCAUUCCUCCUGACAGCAGGUGCAACUGAGUUCAGGUUUGUAGGCCUCCUUGCUCACACAUGCAUUUUCAGUUUUGACCACACAUUUUCUGUAGGAUUAAGGUCAAGGCUUUGUCAUAGCCACUCCAAUACCUUGUUGUCCUUAAACCAUUUUGCCACAACUUUGGAAGUAUGCUUGGGGUCAUUGUCCAUUCGGAAGACCCAUUUGCGACCAAGCUUUAACUUCCGGACUGAUGUCUUGAGAUGUUGCUUCAAUAUACCCACAUAAUUUACCACCCUCAUGAUGCCAUCUAUUUUGUGAAGUGCACCAGUCCCUCCUGCAGCAAACAUAACGAUGGUCAUUAUGGCCAAACAGUUCUAUUUUUUUGUAUCAUCAGACCAGAUGACAUUUCUCCAAAAAGUACACUCUUUGUCCCCACGUGCAGUUGCAAACCGUAGUCUGGCUUUUUUAUGGCGGUUUUGGAGCAGUGGUUUCUCCUUGCUGAGCGGCCUUUCAGGAUAUGUUGAUAUAGGACUCGUUUUACUGUGGAUAUAGAUACUUUUGUACCUGUUUCCUCCAGCAUCUUCACAAGGUCCUUUGCUGUUGUUCUGGGAUUGAUUUGCACUUUUUGCACCAAAGUACGUUCAUCUCUAGGAAACAAAAUGUGUCUCCUUCCUGAGCGGUAUGACGGCUGCGUGGUCCCAUGGUGUUUAUACUUGUGUACUAUUGUUUGUACAGAUGAAUGUGGUACCUUCAGUUGUUUGGAAAUUGCUCCCAAGGAUGAACCACACUUGUGGAGAUUUCCAUUUUGUUUUUCUGAGGUCUUGGCUGAUUCCUUUUGAUUUUCCCAUGUGUCAAGCAAAGAGGCACUGAGUUUGAAGGUAGGACUUGAAAUACAUCCACAGGUACACCUCCUAUUGACUCAAAAGGUGUCAGAAGCUUCUAAAUCAGAAGCUUCUAAAGCCAUGGCAUCAUUUCCUAGAAUUUUCCACAGUCAACUUAGUGUAUGUAAACCUCUGACCCACUGGAAUUGUGAUACAGUGAAAUAAUAUGUCUGUAAACAAUUGUUGGAAAAAUGUCUUGUCAUGCACAAAGUAGAUGUCUUAACCGACUUGCCAAAUCUAUAGUUUGUGAACAAGAAAUUUGUGGAGUUGUUGAAAAAACAGUUUUAAUAACUCCAACCUAAGUGUGUAAACUUCCGACUUCAACUGUACAUGCAUACAGUACGUUCGGAAAGUAUUCAGACCCCUUGAUUUCUCCCCCCACAUUUUGUUACGUUACAGCCUUAUUCUAAAGUGGAUUAAAUUGUUUUCCCCCUCAAUCUACACACAAUACCCCAUAAUGACAAAGCAAAACAGUUUUGACAUUAUCACAUUCAUUUAAUUAUUCAGACCCUUUACUCAGUACUUUGUUGAAGCAGCGAUUACAGCCUUGAGUCUUGAGUAUGACACUACAAGCUUGACACACCUGUAUUUGUGGAGUUUCUCCCAUUUGCUGCAGAUCCUCUCAAGCUCUGUCAUGUUGGAUGGGGAGUGUUGCUGCUCAGCUAUUUUCAGGUCUCUCCAGAGAUGUUUGAUUGUUGCAUUGCAUUGUUAACUGUGGGACCUUAUCAACAGGUGUGUGUCUUUCCAAAUCAUGUCCAAUCAAUUGAAUUUAACACCGGGUGCACUCCAAUCAAGUUGUAGAAACAGCUCAAGGAUGCUUCAUGAAAACAGAAUGCACCUGAGCUGAAUUUUGAGUCUCAGCAAAGGGUCUGAAUACUAAAUAAUGUACUUUAGUUUUACAAUUUGAAUACAUUUGCAAACAUGUCUAAACUUGUUUUUGCUUUGUCAUUAUGGGGUAUAUAGAUUGAGGACAUUUUAAAAAUGUAAUCCAUUUUAGAAUAAGGCUGUAAUGUAACAAAAUGUGGAAAAGGUCAAAGGGUCUGAACUCUUUCCGAAUGCGCUGUAAUGGACACCAAUAGUUGAAGAAUAGAGCUACCGCCCCACUAAUGACUUUUCAUUCUCGUACAGUCUCUUUAAUCCUGGAUCCAGGACCUCCAUGGGACCAUCGAGGCUUUAACAAUGACCAUGUUUAAAUCUAGCACUUUAUUAUAUUUUUGGGUACAGAUUCCCACUCAUGGCUAGUAAGGAAUUUAACAAAUUAACUCAAUUUUUAAAGUCAAAAAGUACAAAUAUGACCAAAUAAUGUAUGUAACUGACUACACUGUAGUUUACCACCACAGUGGGGGUUUUGGGGAAUGUUCUCUCCCCAGCCAAGAAACAGAAGGUUUUAGUAACAAAUUGUAGUUGCGCUAUCCCAAACACCUAAGUUCCUCCAUCGCUCAUGAGGAAAGUCAGCCCAGGGACUAGGCUAUGUCUGGUGUUAUAGUGACUACUUCUCCUGGUCACACAAUAUACUGUUCCUCACGGCAAACUGAUCUGUGCUGGUUGUUGUUACACACAACCAACCAUACUGAUUGAUAGACAGUACAACCUAAUGCUUCGUGUGUUACCUGUACUGUAUAAGCCAAUGCCCAUCUCAAAUAUGUACUGGUAUUUUGAAUUGCAUAUUUGUUUUUUCAAAGAAUGCUACAUGCUGGAAGAUCAGUUGUCUGUUUUGUAUUGGUUGGAGUUGGAAGGGUAAAAUACCAUGACUACCACACUUAUAACACUUAAUUUAACAGAGGGCUAAUGUGGGAUAAAAUUUUUAAAAAAAACUACAAUAAGUAUGCAGAGGAGGGUGGAGUAAAAUUGCAUUAAAGCAAGCAAUGUAUUUUAAAUGGGGGCAUUUUGUAUAUUUGACUGUACUUGCAAUGAGGCACCUUCAACAUGUAUGUUGUAAAACAAACUGCCACUUUCUGUGUGAUUGUGGUAGAUACUGGACAUGAUCAGAAAAUAUGCACUUUGUACGACAAGCCAUCAAUGAACUCUCUCUUUGUACGGGAACAUCUGACAUUUCAGACUACAUGCUUCUACGACAUGCAUGAUUUUAGUACAGCCGAUUGCCAGAUUGUUCCCUAAUCCCUAGGAAUGAAUGGGGAAUGUUGAGGAUUAUUUUCGAUUGGAGCUGGGAAGGGUUGGUUGGGGUUAACGCCUUAUUCUGCUAUCGCCUUAUUCUGCCUUGGACCUGUAGAUUGCCUGCCUCUGCUGCAGCUGUGGCUUGUUCAUUUCUCACUGUCCUCUUAUUGUUUUGUGUCUCCCUAUCUCAGUCUGUUCAUACUGUAUGUCUGGGUCUGCUGGAUAGGACCAGGUUGGGUGACACCCUCAGACAAAUAGUUGUAGAUUCUGUUUCCCUCAAAAUGAAAUGUUUAUCUGAUAGAUGUACUUUUGGGAGAUAAUGCCAUGUUGCAUUUACAUAUCUCAGUCAUUGCCCCAUAAAAUGUAUUUAGAAUUUGUAAUGAAAAUAUAUUGGAAAAUUUGCCUACCGCUGUAGCUCAAUCGAUCAUCUCAGCGGGUGUAUUGAGGACUACAGUUUGGGUUUACUCUGAGCCAAUAAGGAAACCACUGUCAGAAAAUAGUUGAGUCAUUUACAACGAUACCUUGAUAUCUAUGUUUCCCAACCUACUGUAGUUUCUGAUGUGUAUGGUGGAAUAGGGGCAUGCAGCUGUCCUAUAUCACCUGCACCAUUCUGUCAGUAUUGGUAUAGUUUGUGUUUGUAUGUUGACAAGAGAACGUUGUGUAUGACUGACAAUCUGUAUUUCUAUCCUCACUCUAUCAUUGUAAACAAGCCAAAUAUUGAAACCUACAUUCUGUAUUGAACUAUACAACUUUUAAAUAAAAAUGUGUAUAAAUAAAAAGUAUUCCAUC